AUGUUUCCUAAGGAAGAAAAGUCUGUUAACCAAGCAGCGGCUGUUUGUAACAGAGAAGAAUUAAUUCUUGAAACUGCAGAUGUUCAUGACUAUACACUUCCUGCUAUAUUUGAAAAGCCACAAGGAGAGGUUUUCCAGGGCAAUGUAUACAUGAAAGUAAAACUUGACCCAAUAACAGCUGUUGCACUAGCAGAUAAAAUAUUUAGUGCUGAUAAUGAUCUUCUUUUUACAAAGAGAAUAGAUGCACUUCCUUUCAUUUUAAAUACAGUGACUAGAAGUUUAGAUAUAGAAAUGGAUUCAAGUAUCUCUCCCCAUAAUCAGGAGGUUUUUAAAACCAUAACAAGGCGAAUUAUAGAGGCAAAUAUAGUAAAUUACCUAAAAACCCUUGAUCUACCAAUCCUGCAAACAAAAGAUAGCGCCCGCAAUCAGAGAGAUUUUAUUAUCACUUUAAUAAAUACGCUAUGCAAUGAUGGUUUGCAAAACGCCAUACAGCUUGCACAAAAUAAUAUCAACAGUUGGUACACAUAUAUACUAUUGCAUUCUGAGCUAAAAACUGACAGCUAUCUUUUGUAUGCAUUCAGAGUUAUAAAUGAAAAUACGUUCACAAACCCGUGCACACACGACGCACUAAUAGAGAGUCUAUUUUAUUUUUUAGCAUACUUGGACGAGAACGGGUGCAAAGUCCAAGAUUUAGAUCUUUUUGAGAAGAGACCAGACGGAGUGUACAACAUAGACUAUGCAAUAGAUAUACUCAUUAGACUUCGGGUUAUCUUGGAUCAGUAUACUGAAAAAAACAACAUAAGGUCUUUUUUGCUAACAGAUUACGAGAAGCAGCUUCUUUUUGAGCUUUCCCGCUCGGACUCUUUAGUACUUUGCGUGCUUAAUGCCAUUCGCGAAAUUACAAAGGAUGCAGAGAAAUACAUCGACUAUGAAGCCUUGGUGGCCCAGAAUAACAGCUCUUCUAUUUCUUUAGCUUUUAUUAAAAAUCCAACAGGAUUUAAGUAUAGAGAAAAAACCAUUGACUCUAGAAUGAAUGCAUUCUUUAAAACUUGCCAUGAUUUGCCAGAAUCAGCUAAGGAAUACAUUAAAGCAAGAAUUAACUUAUUUAAGAAGAUGGUAGCCAAGCCUGUCGCCCUUCCUAAGAGAAACAUGAGUAUUGUUCGAAAAGGAAUAAGUUUCUUUGGAGUUUUAACAAGCGUAUUCACAGCAUACAAUCUUUUCAGAUCCUCCUCCACGGAGUCUAUAUUGUAA